CGCUCGAAAUGUUGCUGCUAACACUUGGCUUCACGAUGCAGCUGCUGCUGUUGGUUUCGCUUCUGCUGCUGCUGCUGCCGCUUCCCGGAUUUUCCAGACCAAAGGAGCCCUAUAGGUACGACAGAUACGACGGCAACUAUGCUCUCCGCCCACGGAAGUUGGAGCGGAACUGAUAUGCAUAUCUAAAGGCUUUCCAAGAAAUACAAUCAACCAGCGAGUCGCUGGGCCAUCUGCA